AUGUUUAGUGGGAAUCCAUAUAUAACCCCUGCGGAGUUUAUUUAUGCCUCGGAAGGAAAUGUAGCUGCUCUCCGCACGUGGCUGCAAUCGAACCGGGAGCGUGUUAACCUUCCAAACCCAAACACUAGGCAUACGCUGCUUUACACAGCCACCUGCGCUGACCGCGGGAGUGUAGUCGCUAUGCUUGUCACUGAAUUUAACGCAGACAUUAGUGUUCCAUGUGGAGCCAUCGAUAACACAUGUCUGCACGUUGCUGCUGAACACUGCAACGAAGAUAUUUUGUCGUUUCUGCUAUCGUUUGGGAUUCCGCCUAAGCGCAACGCGUUGAACCAACUGCCUCUUGAUUUGGCCAGGCAGCAGUUGGGGCGACAUCCUAGCGCACAGAAUUGCAUAGUUAUGCUGCAGAUGGUUGAAGAACAACCUGACAAGCAAGGGUUAACUUCCGCAACCGAGACAUUCAAUCCGUUCAUGAGCAUCACUCAGCCGGUGUCAAGUGCAGAUCAGCUGAGGCCAUCCGCUUAUCAAUCGCCAAUGAGCGGUGGUGAGUUUAAUUACUCUGAUCUCUUGGAGCGAGAAAAGCAGUGGUUGGCUGUGGACUCGGUAGCGGCUUCAUCUCCUGGGGGACUUCCGAGCGCACAACGCGUUAAGAAAUGGUACGAGGGAAUGCCACGAGACACGCGACAUCUUGAUCGCAGUAAACCUCUGCCAUACGAUUUGCAGGAACUCCGCCGCGCAUACAAAGGGGUGUUUAAGUUCUACGAAACCUGUCAAAACUAUCGUGCUCAAGGGAUGUUACCCUACAAGUAUAAUGGCGAGAUGUACUAUACGCCGGUCAUAUUGGUUGUGACAAAGACGCACGCAGGUGAUCGAUACAAAUCUGGUAGCGAGUCUGGUGUUAAUCCAUCUACUUCCGAUAAGGACCGCACUGCGCUCACCAGCAGUUGUGUUUUGGAUAACAGCAGCGGUGUCCGCAGUUCACCGUAUCGUGCGUUAAUUGACAUCAAGGCGCUCGCCGGUCUGUCCAUUAACCGCCGCGCCACAUAUAUCGAUCCCAGAAGCGGAGCAAUCAUCCCAAGUAGUGCGGACGCUAAGGUGCGGUCGUUGGUACAAUACGUGUCGGAUGUCAUUUUGGCGAACUUUUCUCUGAUUGCGCCCCUCACUCGUUCAAACGAGUCCACUAAGGUGGUGAACAAUAGUGGACCACUGUUUUAUCCGUUCUCUCACAGGCGAGAGAUCACCACUCGCGUCCUUCGCGCCCUGUCGCAGUUCUGCGAUAAUGCUUUUACGUAUGAUGCCGUGACUUGUACCGCGGAGGGACACCUUCCAAUCACCAAAGUCUCUCCAUUUUCGUCUGCCUCAGUGGAUUUGCAUGAGCCAACCGUCACUUCUGGUGGCAUCAGCAAAGCAGCGCCGUUGGACCUGCUGGAAGGCGAUGUUGUCAUGAAACUUCCCCUUCGCAUAAAAUUCGACCCAAAUGGGGAUUUUACCGACGCCCCACGGUUGUACUUUCCCACUGCGCUGGACUCUUCACCGGAGCGGCGGGCUCUUCAGCCCAUCAUUGAAGACAGCACUAGCGGGAAGUUGGAUUUGCGCAACUUUACUUCCAUACAGGACUGGUCAACGCAUGGCUCGCUGCAAGCGGUGCUGAAGGAAGUACAGGAGAAGGCAACGGAUUUGAUAGUAAAGUACUGCAAAGAGAACCCGGGACCAGCUCACAGUGCAAGUGGUUCGGGCGGGUCCUUUGAACCUUCUGAGAAUAGCGCUGUUACUCCUGCUCUCUCGCCAAUAGCCGCUGGAAGUGGUUCAUCACAGCACGUUCGAGCACAUGGUCAUUCUACGGCAGAGACGCACGUAAAGGAGCGAGAGUUAUCCACAAAGUGUGUGACGUGUUUAGAUGCCGAAAAAGAUGUGUUGUUGCUUCCUUGCAGGCAUUUGGCACUGUGCAGUACAUGCAGCGUGACGUACAUUGAAAGGCAGAUGGAUGGUAUGUUGUGUCCAAUAUGCCGUGUGGUGGUUGAGCAAGCGAUGCAAAUAUACACGUAA